CCAGGCUGCGCCGCCCUCGACGCCGGCGCGCAGCCCCUCUGGCGGCUCUCCUCCCCCUACCCACCCCACUCGCGUCGCGGGGUCAUGCCCGACGGGCGACGGCACCCAGGGGAAGCGCCUCCUAGGGCGCGACCUUGGCCAACCAGAGCCACAGCGCGGCCCCUCCAGCGGCAGUCGGUAGAAGAUGGAGGUCCCACGAUUUCUCAGCGAGAUUUUCCCGCAGGAUCAGACCGAUCUUUCAUGGGUUCCCGAUGGGAUGGAUCCCAAUUCGUCCUACAGGCUUGCUGUGCGUGUCGGUGCUUAUGUGAAAUUGACUGAUGAUGGCAACCGUGUUUAUUGUGAUGCAUGUAAUAUUCCAAAGGUUUUAGAUAGGGAUCGCACCAAUUGGAAAGAUUUGGUAGUUGAUAUUGCUACAGAAAUUAAUCUAGGAUCUAACAACAAGUUGCGUGUCACAUAUUGGGACAAAAUAAAUCGUAGCUAUGAGGAGGUUAGUUCUGACCAGAAAUUAAUUGAUGCAAUUGACAUGUAUUGGGAGAUAAGAAGGCUUUCAUUGCAAGUCUGUGUUAUGAAAAAGGAUGAUUCAGAUUCUGUGCAUGAAAUUGGGCGGAAGCAAAACAUGCCUUGUGUAUUGCAGGGAAGCACCGAGACCUCAGAUGCCCAGAUUAUUGCAGUACCUUCAUCUGAAACUGCACCAUCCCUUUUGGAGCCUCUAGUUCAGGAAAGUGUUGAAGUAGCUUGGGUGGACGAUGAUGUAGAGUAUGUUGGUCUGGAUGAUGAGUAUCCUUUCAAAACUUUACUUUCUGAUUCUGAAUGUGAUGGGUUGGAUGAUGUUUUAGAGUGUGUUGACUUGGAGGAUGAUGUCGAGUGUGUUGGCUUGGACGAUGAAUUAGUUGUGGAUGAUGCAUUGGGUUGUGAAACAUUUAUACAUGCAACGGAUUUAGAGAACCCGACAAUAGCAGUUGGUGUAACUUUUGGGGAUGGUGAUACUUUUAAGAAAGCAAUUAGGCAAUAUGCAAUUAAGGGUGAAUUCGAAAUUGCAGCUCCCUAUUCUGAGUCAACAAGGUAUAGAGGGUAUUGCAAAGCUGAACGGUGCAAGUGGCGGAUACAUGCUUCACGGUUGCAGGAUGAAAGGACAUGGAAGAUAAAGAAAAUACCUUAUCCACACACUUGUCAAAGCACAGGGAAAGUUGAAAAAAACAGCAUGGCAAGCAAUCAUUGGGUGAGGGAUAGGGUUCUCGAUUGGCUUGCAAAGGACUCUACAAUUGGAGCUAAAGCACUAAAGACAAGAUUAGAAGAGCAGUAUCACCUGCAGUUGUCAUACUGGGUAGUGUGGGAUGGAAGAAAUAUGGCUUUGGAACAACUCAAAGGAAAGUGGGAUGACAGUUUCGAGCACAUUUUCAGUUUCAAGGCAGAGGUUGAGAAGACAAAUCCUGGGAGUUUGGUGGACAUUGAAUUUGAGCAAGUUGGGAAGAAGAAGAGAUUUACUAGAAUGUUUGUUGCCCUAAGUGCAUGUGUGGAUGGUUUUCUACAUGGUUGUAGGCCUUUUCUUGGUGUGGACUCCACCCACUUGACUGGAAAAUGGAAGGGUCAACUUGCAUCGGCUACUGUUAUUGAUGGGCAUAAUUGGAUGUUUCCUGUGUGUUAUGGGGUAUUUGGAUCAGAGACAACUGAAAAUUGGUCAUGGUUUUUUAGCAGACUUCAUCAAGCUAUUGGCUCACCUCGAGGCCUAGUGAUCUCAACAGAUGCAGGAAAAGGAAUUGAUUCUGCUGUUACUCACAUCUUCAAAAAUGGGGUUGAGCAUAGAGAGUGCAUGAGGCACUUAGUUGCAAACUUUCAGAAGCGAUAUCGAGGUGAGGUCUUUGAGAAGCACUUAUGGCCAGCAUGUAGAGCUUACCAGAUACAUAGAUUUGAAGAGCACUAUAAUUUGAUGUAUGAAGCUUGCCCUGAAGCAAUGAAGUGGAUACAUGAUAACCACAAGCACCUCUGGACAAGGCACUUGUUUUCAGAAGCAAGCAAGUGUGAUUAUGUCACAAAUAACAUAGCUGAGACAUUUAAUAGCUGGAUUAGGAAUGAAAAAUCCUUGCAUGUGGUUGAUCUUAUGGAUAGGAUAAGACAAUUAUGCAUGCAAAAAUGUUCUUGAGAAGAAAAAUUGCUAUGAAGCUUAAAGAUAAGAUACUGCCUAAUGUCAUGAAGGACCUCUUUGCAAGGAGUCGAGGCUUGAAAUAUAUCUGGAGGUAUUCACACAAAGAAGGUGGUAAAGAAGGUGAGAUGUUAGGUGAAGUUGAAGGUGUUACAAAGAAUCUAGUUCAUUGGAGGCAUACUGUUGAUCUCCAUGAGGGGAAGUGCACCUGUAGGCGUUGGCAAAUCACCGGUCUGCCAUGCACACACGCUUUGUGUAUUAUAACCUCAAUUCGAGGUUAUAAUAUUGAAGACUAUGUUCAUGAAUAUUAUUAUGUGGCAAAGUUCAAGA